AUGACUACUAGACUUCGACAUCGUCCAACGGGAGAGGAAGAAGAUGCUGCUGCCCUCAAACUGGGCCCAGAGUUCAAUAAUGCCGGUUGUCUGUUGAUUUCUGAGGUCAAAUACUUGCUUGAGAAUCGAGAUAAAGAUGCACCGGAUACUGCUGUAUAUAACAAAACGCUGGAAUAUGUCAAAACUUUCACCAAAUUUAGCACUACAGACUCUGCGAGCGCAGUCCGAGAGACUUUAAGAAGAGAACCUGCUCUCACGCAAUUCGAGACAGCUCAGAUUGCCAACCUCUGUCCCGCUGAUGCGGAAGAAGCUAAAAGUGUUGUCCCAAGUUUGGUUAAAAUAGAUGACGACAGAUUGCAAGCAUUGCUCGAUGAGAUUCAGACAAUGCGGAAAUUUCAGACAUAG